AUGAAUACCUGCGAUUAUGAGGAUGUAAUUUUAUAUUUGUCUCGUUGUGGUAACAGAGAAAGCGAAUCUUUCUUAAAAGAGGGAACCGAAGGUACUUACAGCUCUGCAAAAGGGAACGUGAACCUUGAGAGCUUGAAAAUAUCAAUAGCGAUAGUGCUCUACAAGUAACGAUAAUAUAUUAGUUGGGCUAAUUUUUACUAACUUUUUACGAAUCAACGAUGGGAUUUCAUUCUGUGUAAAGUUUUGUAUAAAAUCAAGGAAAAGACAUUAUCAAUAUCAUAGAUACAAUAUGCACAAGUAGUGUUAUACAAAACGGAUUAAUUUUUAUAUCAAAGGUAAAUUGAAUGUUUAUUUGUAUUAUUCUUAUGAAUUUUCAUAUGUAUAUAUACAUAAUUAACUCAUCGUCUUUUCUCUUAGGUCAUAAGAAUUUUACAAAUAUAGAUAUAAAAUAUGAUGGAAAAACUUUAAACAAUCGGAUCAAAGAUGAAGCAUAUUGAAAUUAAAAACAAGGAUCAUAAUUAUAGCGAAGUGAAAUUACGUAAUUUCCAGCACGCUACUAGUAAUAUUCUAAAUAUAUGCGACAAUGAUAUUAAAACAGUAUGCAAAUCAAAUAAAUCUGGCAUAAUAUCAAACAAAGAGAUAUUUGGUCAGAUUAAAGAUAUUAAUGAAUUGAAGAAAAUCACGCCACGUGUGAAACUAUUGACUCACGAUGCAAAUAGUUUAAACGAAUUAACUAAAAUUUCUUUGCACAAUAAAAUAUCUGCACAAAAGAAAUUAUCGAUAUUGGAACAAACAAAACAGGAGUUGAAAAAGUAUUGCAGAACUUGUGCUGGCUUAAAACUUCCAUUAGUUGAUAUUUUUAGUGAAAAAGGUAAUCAAAUGAGAUUAAGCCAACAAAUUAGACAUUUAGAGGACAUAAAUCCGUAUGAUAGCUUAUCAACUCAAAUGUGCAUGGAUUGUAUCUGCGACUUGAAAAUGAGUUAUAAGUUUUUUAUGCAAAUUAAGAAAGCAGAAGUUAAAUUGAAAUCCAUUCACAUUUCUCUGACUGAUACGGCAACAAGAAACAUGGAAUUGAAUAAAACAAAGCCUUUAACAAGUCUUGAAAAACAAGUAGAAAAUAUUGCUGAAAGCAAUGUCAAAAGUCCAUCCACAAGUAAAGAAAUAAAUGAAAAUGUUGUUCCAAAAAUAUCUGCAAAUAUCUUUUCAUUAAAAGAUGAUAAAGUACUUGAAAAAAAUGUUCGGAAAGUAAAUCAUAAGGAGUUAGAAAGUCAGAUUGAAGUUGAGAUUUUUGAAGAAUCAACUAUUCUACAAAAUAGUGAUGAUAAUGAAUCUAUAGAAGAAUUUGAUCCAGACGAUCCUCCUUUUCAACCUGAUAGCUCUGAUGUAGCAGAAUCUGAUGAUGAAGUAGAGAUACCAAAUGCAAAAAGACGACAUAUUCAACAGAAGGAAAGUAUGAAACAAUGUUCACAAUCAAUUUCUAUCUCUGAUAAUAAUUCAGUCUCGGAUGAUAAAAAUAUUGACAUAAAGCAAACAACAUAUAAUUAUGAUACUUGUCUAAAAACAUAUGUUAAAAUAAAGGAUACAGAUUGUAAUAGUCAAUCUACUGAAUCACACAGCAUUAUUAAUUCUGAAACUAUAUAUAAUACUGAAAGUACAAAAGAAUGUUCAAAGCAACCAAAUAUAUUAAAACGUAGGUUGUUAUUACAAUCUAAAAAAGAGUCUGCGGAAGAAACCGAUGAAAAUUGUCAGUCAAAUAUUUCUGAUAAAUGUGGAAGCCAUAAGGAUUUAAAAGUACAAAAACUUGAUGUAAACAAUUCUCUAAACAGUAAUCAAGAGGAUGGAAUCAUGUAUGUUACUGUGAAAGGAUCUAAACCGAAUGAAAUAUUGUUAGUAAAAGUUAAAAAAAUGGAAAAAUCAUUAGAAAAAAAAGAUGAUAAAUCUGUAGGGAAAAAAAAUUUUGAUAUUAAACCAAUGGACAAGAUUUUAAAACGAUAUGAAACAUUAGUUACGAAAGAAAAAGAUUUAUUUCCAGAACGAACAAAAAAGUCAGAAAUAAGAGAACAGAUUAUAGAAGAACAAAUAGAAGAAUAUAAGAAAAAGCGAGAGAAAGUAUUAGGUGGACAUACUAAUAUUGUUGCACUUCCAAAACUUGAAGAAUCUCGUUAUUUUAAACGUAAUGAAAAUCAAGAUAAUCAAAGAUCUCUUGCUAUAGAAAGUGAUUCUGUUGUAAAUGUGCAGUUGAAUAAAGAUGAUGGUGAAUUGAGUGCAAAUAUUAAUAGUGAAGAUGAUAUUUCAGAAAUUGCCGAAUCAGCCAAAGAAAAGUCUGCAAAUGAAAAAACAUAUGUAAAUACUGAAGAAUAUUUGUCACAUUUAGCAAAACUUAAAUUGAAAUGGGAAGAAGCAAAAAAGAAAAAAGAGUCACUUCAAAAAGAACUAGAUGAAUCUUAUACAGAAGGAAACAUUGAGAAAUUAACAAGAAUUUUAGGAGAAAAAGAAAAAAAUUUGCAAGAUUUCCAAGAUUAUCUGAAACAACGUAAAAUUGUAAUUACAAGAUUAAAAGAUGAAGAUAUUAUUUCUCUUUACGAAGACAGAAAUAAUGCAGUGCUUAAAAACAGUUUACCUGACUUGAUAGAUGAAAGUCAACCAGCAGAUUAUAUUCCAGAAGAACAUUAUUUAGAAUGUGAUUAUUGUCCAGAGACGUUUGCUUCUAAAGAAGUUCUAGAAGAACAUUUGAAAAUGCAUGAUUAUAGAAUUAUGCAUUUUUGUGAAGAUUGUAUGGAAGAAUUUCCAACAAAUAAAGCAAAACGAAAUCAUAAUGUAAUUUGUAUAAAAAAAUUACUAUGUAAAUAUUGUGACAUGAUGUUGGAUUCAAAAGGGAAAAAGCGUCAGCAUGAACAAAAACAUUGUGAUAGUAUGUAUGGACAGUUAUGUGAUGUAUGUGGUGAAAAAUUUAAACAUCAAGGAACAUUGGAUCAACAUGUAAAAACACAACACAUGAGUUGGGAGAAAAUAUAUCAAUGUCCAAAGUGUCCUAAAAAAUUUGCUUUCAAACAAAAACUUAGUUUUCAUUUGAAAUCUGUACACACAACAUUAAGGGCCUAUUUAUGUGAGGAUUGUGGAGCUGAUUUUAAAAAUCCUGCAAGUCUCAGACAUCAUAGAAUACGUAAACAUCAACCUGUAGGCAAUAAAAGAGAAUGUCCAGUAUGUCAUAAAUUAGUACCAUUUUAUAGCCUUUCUAAACACAUGCAUACUCAUAAAGCAUACACUAUUCAGUGUCCACACUGUGACAAAAUGUUUAAAAAUAGUUCAACUUUAAAACAACACGUGAGAAUUCAUGAAGACCAGCGUCAAUAUCGAUGUGAUACUUGUGGUGUUGGAUUUAAUAGACGAGAUGGCUUAAGGUUACAUAUGAGAGUGCAUGAAAAAACUGAUAGUAGAGGAUUAAAAGAAUGUUCGUGUCAAGUAUGUGGUGAAAAGUUUCCAAAUCAUUCAACACUUGUCAUACAUAGAAACCGAGUUCAUAAAGAUGGUAGACAAUAUACUUGCCAUAUAUGUAACAGAUCGAUGAUUUCAACUAGAUCGUUAGAGUGGCAUAUGUCUCAUAUACAUAAUGAAUCACUUCCUGGUGUCGUAAAAGAGGAUGUAGAUGGACCACCAGAAAAGAAAAGAGCGUCGUGUUAUCAUUGUAAUAAGACAUUCAAAACAGAAAUGAUUUUGAGAACACAUAUUAAAAACACACAUAUGGAAAAAGAUCCUAUGAAGUGUUUAGACUGUGAAUUGACAUUUACUUCCGAAGUUAGAUUAAGACAUCAUAUGAUGGUCACACACAAUAGAUUAGAAGGAACUUUGCCUUGUCCACAUUGUCCAAAGAGGUUCGUGAAUCAACUCAGAUUAAAAACUCAUAUGAUAUCUCAUUCUGAAGAAAGGCCAUAUACUUGUGAAAUCUGUGGAUUUAAUUUAAAAACUAAAAUACAGUUGAUCAAGCAUCAUCAAAAUAGGCAUAGCGAUGAAAGACCUUUACAGUGUAGAUAUUGUCCUUGGAGAUGUAAACAAGUUAGCGCUCUUGUAUGUCAUGAAAGAACUCAUACAAAUGAAAGACCAUAUUCUUGUAGCGUGUGUAGGCAACGUUUUAAAUAUUUAGGUGAUAAAAAUAAACACGAAAGACGACAUGAAAGCUUAGGAGGAUCUGGAUUUAAAAGAAUAGUACUUGGUCGAAAUAUCAAAGCUACUAAAGUACAGGAAGAUUCUUCUUGUUCUGAACAUGAGCAAGAAAGUUUAAAUAAUACGGAAUCUCAAAUUCCUGAAAGUGAAUAUCAAGACCAGACAGAUCAACAAUUUGAGGAAGAGCAAAUAGUGAAAUUUGAAGAAGAACAAAUAGUGAAGUUUGAAGAAGAACAGAUAGUUAAAUUCGAAGAAGAACAAAUAGUUAAAUUUGAAGAACAAGAAAUAACGGAAGAAUAUGAACAAGUAUAUGAACAGGAAUAUGAAGAGACAUCUAGAGAGGCUUCAGAUGCAGCAGAAGUUAUAAUGAACAUGGAAGAUACUACUGUUUACACAGAAGAAGUAACUACAGAUAAUAUCGAACCUACAGAAAUUAUGACAGAUGAAAUGAUGACAAAUGAGAUAUUACAAUCAGGUGCUGUAGUUCAUUUGCAACAAGAAGAUGAUUCAGGGAAAAUACAAGUGAUUCCAGUGAUGUUAUCUUUACCUGAUUUAUCUGAUGCAAAUACAGAGGUCAAUUUAGCUACUGCAUCUAUUAUGUAUAAUAAUUGAAUUCAAUCUCGCAUUUUAUAUUUGCGAUAUGCUUUGUAUAAAGAAAUGAUUUUUAAAGUUUUAUUGUGGUAAUUAUACAUUUAAAGGAGCUGUUUAUUUGAUAUAAAUAAGUAGGGGCUAAAUUACAUUCCUAUAAACCCAUUUCAGCAUGUUCUAAAAUGUAUAUUUCCUUUUAAUAUAUGUAGGUUUUAUUGUGCUAGAAGAUUAUGUACCUAAAAAUCAGAAUAGUUAUUUCCUAUCGAAAUAAUAGUUUUGUAAAAUUAAUUUACUGUGUGAAAAUACUAUUAAAACCAAUUUAAGAUGUAAAAAGAAUGAUAUAAAAAAAUUAUCUCUUUCAAUACAAAAUUUUUGUUUAAUUAUAAAUAAUAAAUAAAAAUAUCUGUAGUACGAUAUAUAAAAUAUUUUGUACAAAUCUAUAAAAGAUGAACAAGUAUUUUACUUGAUAAUACAAACUUUCAAGAUUAAUAAAAUUGACAUUGUUCAUAACCACACGUCUAUUUAUAAAUCGUUUAUGAUUCAAUAUCAUUUUUUUUUUCUUGCUUCCUAAUUAUUAAUACUUUUUUUCUAUUUAUUAACAUUAUUUUAUAAGUAUUCCUUGUUUCUUAAUUUGUCAAAGGAAUAUUUUAAUCAUUAAAGAAAUCAUGCAUUUUAUAGUUACAAAUUCAAGUAUAAAUUAAGAAAAUAUUAUUAAAUGUAUUUUUCGGCGACAUAUUUUUGCAUAACUUUAUAUAGCAAAAUUUUUUUUCAAUGUUCAUAUAAUAUAUAUUUCUAAUAUAACUUUGCAAUUGAUGCUCAAGUGUUAAUUCAGAUAUAAUUUAAAUAGAUAUAAUGUCUCCCUUGUUUUAUAAUAAUACUAAUAUUCUUUUGUAUUAUGGUAAAUUAAAUAUUUUUAUUCCUAAAACUUUUCUUUUAUUGUUAUAGUUAAAUUUAUUAUAUUUAUGUACAAUUAUAACUUUUAUAUACAUUUCAUUAAAUAAUUAAUUAUUAUUUAAUUAUUCGUAAUAUAUUGCACAUAGUUAUUUGAAUUUUUAUGAUAUUUUUUACUCAUCACAUAUUACAAUAAGUUAUGUACUCGAAUAUUUUAUUUCUUUUUUAAUUUUAACUUUUAUUUAUUUUUCUUAUACUAUUAUCAUAUAUAAACUUUUGUUUGUUAAUUUGCACUUGUAUUUUUUGGUGGUAAUAAAAGAAUUUGAGUGUCAAAUACUUUUGUACAUAAAAUACUUGCAAAUAUUUAUAUAUUUUUCUUAUAUAUAAAUAAUUAUUAAAUUUACAUUUAAAUUACACUUACACUUACAUUUAAAUUUCUUUAUGAUAGGAUAAUAUGCACUUUAUGAAAUGGAUACAAUAACAAAUCAUAUUUAUAUUAUAUAUAUUUUUAUAAAAUUUUUAUGAAAAAUAUAAUUGAAUUUUAUAUUUAUAUAAAAUAAAAUUAACGUAUAAACGUUAAGAGUAAAUGUAAAUGGAUAUUAACUUAUCUAAAACAGAUAAACAUUGAAAUCGUUGUGCUGUACAAGAAAAAUGUACAAAUAUAUAAAUGUAUAAUAUUAAUAUUACAUCAGGUUUCAAUAUUCUUUUUAUUUUUCCAAUAUUUAAAAUAUUAAUUUUAUUCUAUGGACACUUCAUUUUAAAGUGUUAAGAAUUUGUAAUGAUCUUUUACAAUAAAUUUUUACUUUUCUAGAUUUUGAUAAUAUUGUGCAAGAAUAAACCAUGCUUUAGGUGACAUGAAACCAUCAGGUGGAUUCUCACCUGCUUUUGCUAAACCUAUAAGAAAAUAUUAA